AUGGCGGACGAAGGCCGAAGCUUCGACGACACCGUGGCCCUGGUGAGAGCAUGCCACGUUGGCCACGAGGCAGCUGUGAAGCUACUGCUGGCUGAGGGCCUCUCACCCACCUCGGUAGAUGCCGAGGGCAACUCUGCACUUUGCCUCGCAGCUGGGGCUGGCCAUUCAGCAGUUGUAAGGAUUCUUCUGGAUGCUCGGGCAUCUUUGGAAGAAACAGACGUGAAUGACCAGACGCCCUUCUCCUUGGCAAGUAUGCGCGGCCGAAAAGAGGUCAUUCGAGAGCUUCUAGAUGCAAGGGCGGACUUGGAAUCUGUGAGCACGGACGGGCUUCGCCCGCUGAUGCUGGCAUCUCGUGCCAACCAACCUCAAGCCGUCAAUAUCCUACUGUCGGGCAAUGCGGACGUGAAUGCCGUUGAUGCGGAUGGAGCCACUGCACUGAUCUGGGCUGCAAGCUCUGGGUGCACUCGAGUCCUGCCACUCCUGCUCGCGGCACGUGCUGAUCUGGAAAUCCGGGACAUUGAGGGCGCCACUCCCCUGGUGUGGGCAGCUUCCGAAGGUCAGGAGAGAGUUCUGGAGCUGCUGCUGCAGGCCCGGGCCCAGCCAGAUGCCGCAGACAACGCGGGGCGAACACCCCUCAGCUGGGCUGCAGGCCGUGGGGAGGAGAUCGCUACGAAGGCGCUGCUUGUAGCAGGAGCUGACCCCGGGAAGAAAGACGAUGCGGGCCUGUCUGCUCAAGAAUGGGCAGCAGCCGAAGGAUGUGAGGAUGCCUUCCUCAGGACUCUGGCAGCUUUGAACUAG